UUUGUCUUUCACUUGAGUGGAGCUGGUAAGACGAAUUUAGUAGGCAUCCCUAUAUAGUCACACCGAAGUCCUUGAAAUUGGACCUUGAAAUGGAGAGAACAAACUAAUCGUGUGUCAUAAUAUGGCGUUUGGGACACAGCUGACGAAGGAAGCUAUGAAAAACAACGCCAUUAAUCUACAACGACCCUUCGUGUGACGCCCCUCCCCUCAGUGUCCUUUAAAAACAGCGAAAGUGAAAGGAAAAUAAAUAAGCGACGCCAUUCCGGGGCUUUAAACCCUCUUCAUGGAUAUUUAAACGGCCUCAUAUUUUGUGAGUAGGAGGACGUGGCCUACAAAAUGAGUUUCCGUGAGGAUAGAGAGAAGGAGGACUCUACCUCACGUUCUCUAUCUUCUGGAUCUAGCUGCGAUCAACCCAUGACGAAUCUUCCCUCUACCUUCAGUGAUGGAACAGUGCCCUCUGAUCCAAGCAACAUCAGGAGGAAGAGACCUUCAGAGCCCAGCAUUGUGUCUGUGAAGAGUAACAAAUCCAUAGAAAAACCCCCUCUCUUCAGUGAUGGAACAGUGACCUCUGACCUCAGUAUCAGAAGGGAGAAGGGACAGAGAUCAGAGUCUCCAGAACCCAGUGGUGUGUCUAUGAAGAGUAACUGUUUCAUGAUGCAACCCCCUGCAUUGAGUAAUGAAUCAGUGACCUCUGAUCCUCUCAGGGGAUCCCACCAUCAGACUCAUAUCAGGCAGGACAGAACUGAAUCAGUCCUGCAGACACACGCACUGAAGACUGGAGACCUGCAGAGAGUCAACGACCAGCACAAAACCAGCAUGAAGAACAAGUAUGAGAGAUUAUUUGAGGGAAUCAAACUCCAAGGUAAUGAAACCCUCCUGAACCGGAUCUACACACAGCUCUACAUCAUAGAGGGAGAGAGAGAAGGAGUGAAUGAAGAACAUGAGGUUUUACAGAUGGAGAAAACAGCCAGAACACAACACCCACAAGACACUCCAGUUGACUGCAAUGACAUCUUUAAAGCCUCACCUGAACCAGGAUGUGAGGAGAAAGACCAAAUCAAGACUGUUCUUACUAAAGGCAUCGCUGGAAUCGGAAAAACCGUCUCUGUGCAGAAGUUCAUUCUGGACUGGGUUGAGGGAAAAGCCAAUCAGGAUGUAGAUUUCAUGUUUGUGCUUCCAUUUCGAGAGCUGAACUUGAUCCGAGAUCAUCAGUACAGUCUUCACAGACUUCUGUUGGACUUUCAUCCUGAACUUCAAGAUCUGGACUCAAAGAUUUAUGAGAAGUGUAAAGUUGUGUUCAUCUUUGAUGGUCUGGAUGAAAGCAGAAUCACACUGUUUUCAGAUGCUCAGAAAGUUUCUGAUGUGACUGAGACUUCAUCAGUGGGUGUGUUGAUGUCAAACCUCAUGAAAGGAGAGCUGCUUCCCUCUGCUCUCAUCUGGAUCACCUCCAGACCAGCAGCAGCCAAUCAGAUCCCCUCCAAAUACAUCAACCGUCUGACAGAAAUUCAGGGAUUUAAUGAACCUCAGAAGGAGGAAUAUUUCAGGAAGAGAAUCAGUGAUGAGCAUCAAGCCAGCAGAAUCAUCUCACACAUCAGAAGAGCAAGAAGCCUCCACAUCAUGUGCCACAUACCUGUCUUCUGCUGGAUCUCAUCCACUGUGCUUCAAAAGCUCCUGAAAGAAGAUCUGAGUGCAGAAAUCCCUCAAACUCUGACUGAAUUGUACAUCCACUUCCUGCUAAUUCAGAUCAACAUGACGAAUCAGAAGUAUGAAGAGAGAGAUCCAGAGAAACUCCUGCAGUCCAACAGAGAAGUGAUUGUGAAACUUGCUGAAGUGGCUUUCAAACAGCUGAUGAAGGGCAAUGUGAUGUUAUAUGAGGAGGACCUAAGAGAGAGCGGCAUAGAUGUCACUGACGCCUCAGUGUAUUCUGGGAUUUGCACUGAGAUCUUUAAGGAGGAAUCUGUAAUUAAUCAGAAGAAAGUCUACAGCUUCAUUCAUCUCAGUGUUCAGGAGUUUCUCGCUGCUUUCUAUGUGUUUUACUUUCAUGUAAGUACAACUAUGGUGGGACUGAGAAAUUUUGCUUCAGUACAAAAUAUGCUUAAAGGUGCAGUAGAUGAAGCCCUCAAGAGUGAGAAUGGACAGCUGGAUCUGUUCCUGCGGUUUCUGCUGGGCGUCUCACUGGAGUCCAAUCAGAGACUCUUACAGGAUCUACUGACACAUACAGAGAACAGCUCAGAGAGCAUCAGAGAAACCACACAGUACAUUAAAGAAAAGAUCAAAGAUGGACAUGGACUCUCCACUGAAAGAUCAAUCAAUCUGUUCCUCUGUCUGCUGGAAGUCAAAGAUCAGACUCUGUCCAGAGAGAUUCAGGAGUUUGUGAAAUCAGACAAACACUCAGAGAAGAAACUCUCUCCUGCUCACUGCUCAACAAUCGCCUACAUGCUUCAGAUGUCAGAGGAGGUGCUGGAUGAGCUAGAUAUUCAAACAUACAACACAUCAGAUGAAGGUAGAAGAAGACUGAUCCCAGCUGUGAUCAACUGCAGGAAAGCCCUUUUUCCUGGCUGCAAUCUCACUGCUCAGCAUUGUGAAAUUGUGUCGUCAGCUCUACAAUCUUCAAGCUCUGUCCUGAGAGAGCUGGACUUGAGUAACAAUGACCUACAGGAUUCAGGAGUGAAGAUGCUUUCUGAUGGACUGAAGAGUCCAAACUGUCACCUGGAGAUACUGAGGUUGUCUGGCUGUAUGGUGACAGAGGAAGGCUGUGGUUAUCUGUCUUCAGCUCUGAGUUCAAACCCCUCACACCUGAGAGAGCUGGAUCUGAGCUACAAUCACCCAGGACAAUCAGGAGUCCAGCUGCUCAACGAAAAACUGAAGGAUCCAAACUGCUCACUGCAGAUACUCCAUGUGGAUCAUGGGGGAGAGUUCAUGAUGAAAGAAGGACUACGAAAGUAUACCUGUGAUCUCACACUGGAUCUAAACACCAUAAACUCCUAUCUCGUGCUGUCCGAAGAGAACAGGAUGAUUACACAUGUGAAAGAGAAGCAGCCAUAUCCUGAUCAUCCAGAGAGAUUUGAUGCAUGGUAUCAGGUUCUGUGUCAGGAGAGUCUGACUCAACGCUGUUACUGGGAGAUUGAAUGGAGUGGAUGGGCUCAUAUAGCCGUGUCAUAUAAAGGAAUUGGCAGGAAAGGAGGCAGAGACUGUAGGUUUGGACGCAAUGAAAAGUCCUGGAUUCUGUUCUGCUCUAAUUACAGAUUUACUGUCUGCCACGAUGAUAAGUUCAUAGACAUAGGUGUCCCUUCACCCUUGUCUAACAGAGUCAGUGUGUAUCUGGACUGGUCGGCCGGCACUCUGUCGUACUUCAGCGUCUAUGACACACACACACUCACACACUUACACACGUUCAACACCACAUUCACUGAACCCCUCUAUGCUGGAUUUAGGGUUUAUGAGUCCUCAUUGUCUCUGUGUUAGAUUUAACAACAGACAAAGACACAAAAAUUACAGAGAUAGACUGAAUUUAUGUCUCUCUAAAACACACACAUGCACACACAUGCUUUCUACCAAGUUUGUAUUUGCGUGCACUCUUUGAGUGAACCUCUAAUAUUUUAAAACUGGAGGAUAUUUACGGUGCAGGUCGGUAGGCUGAGAAAGACUGCAGGUCAAAUAGACACCCAUAGGAAAAAUGUAUUGUUCAGUGGUUGCUUUUCUUAAGCUCAUGAGACUUAGUUGUGAUUCUCACAUAUCUCUCAUUUCAGAAUCAGCAGUGGUUCAGAUGUGUCUCCUAACAUUCCUUAGUAGAAAUAAGAGUAGACACAACUGAGACAUGAGAAAUAUCUAAGAGAAAAGGAGUUAAAACUGAAAAUGUGGUGGAAGAAACUUAGAACAUCUCUUUAUUGUCUUUCUGCAGUCUCCUCCCAACUUGGGUACGACAUGCAUGUAGACUGUAAGAUGAUGACACCUAUUGUCUCGUAGGCUACGAUGCAAGUUUCUAUAGAAGAAUAAAAUGUCAUCAGCGUGCGCUAGAGGUUAACAAAAAUACCAUGUUGUAUCACACUUUGGCAGUUGUAGAUUUUAUGUGAAAAUCGUGCAGUGUAUCCCGGGCUUAAGCUCCUGAGAUUUAGUUGUUGUGACAAAGCUGACCUGAUUGUCACCGCUGGGCAACACUGGCACACACACAGAAAUAUUAACCUUUGUAAUGGUCCACACCCAUUUCCCCUCCCACUGUUUCUGCCGUCAGCGGCACGGGUGCACACGCAGUCCCGAUGGCACUUGGACACGUUGAACAUUAUUUCUUAUGUGUGGAGUUUGUGUUUAGUGUUAAUUGAAUGUAUAGAAAUGAGUGGAAAUGGGUUAAGUAAUGAGUUUAUACCUGCUAUACAUACCUGUUUAUGAGAAGUCCCGUGGUAGGGGGCGGAGUCUGGCCUAUAUAAGAGCAGGCCAGACUCAAACUAAUUGCUUGUUUACCAAGUCGAAGUGAGAGUGUAGUCAAGACCAGACCCUCCAAGACCGAGACCAAGACCAUUCAAGAGGGAAGUUAAUGAGAUAAUUAAGUCAUUAAUCAAGCAGUAGUGAUGAACACCUGCUAUAAACAGACAGAAUCAAUGAAGGAAAGAGGAAAACAACAGCAAAUAAAACACCUGUGCUACUUCUGAACAUGAAGACACAAUUCGCAAUGAUCUCUUUGUCAAGUCCAAUCAAAAAAAAAAAAAAUUCUUACACAUCAGUGCUUGUGUUUUGGGACAACACUUGUGUUAAUUUUGACAUGUUCACUGUAUCAAACACAAACAUUCAGAACAUCUCAAAAAGCAUUUGUUUAAAAAAAAAAACAACAACUCAUGUUGGCACACACAGACAUCAAGAAUCAGCCUGCGAAUCUCAACAGUGGUGAGAACAAUAAAGCAUGUUGCAGUGCAUUCUGGGUGCCACCAAUCAAAAUUCAUCCAUGGCUCCCAUCAUGCAUUGCUUCAUGAAUAAAUUAUGAGCUGAAUUGUCUUAGUAAUUUCCUUUUAUUCUCACUAUUUUAUUUUUUUGCUGUUAUGUGACUUUUUAGUAGCUUGUUUUCUAAUGUUCAGAGUUGAUCUGUUUAUCAGAAUAUGUUGUUUGUCGCCGCUGUUGAGAUUCACAGGCUGAUUCUUGAUGUCUGUGUGUGCCUAAAGGAAAGAUUUAUUUUUAUUUAUUAUUAUUUUUUUAUCAGAAAAACUUUUGAGAAAUCCUUUGGAUUAUAUUGAAAAAGCUGAUCUUCUGCUGUAGAAUCACAGUGCUGCUGUAAUCAAUAACGUAAAUCUAACUCAGAGAUUGGGCUCUAAAUGAUUUCAGUGAUUCAGGACAAAUAAUGAUUAUGUGAAAACAUAACUAACACCACCUGAUCAUCUUUUCUCUUUGUUUAUCUGGUUGUUACAAUUCAGUUACAGCAGUCAAACAAAAUCUAAUAUUAAAAUGUCAAGGGUCAACAGCAGGUGCUCAUCAUUAAUGUUCAAUAGUCACAUGAUUAAUUAAUUAUCUUGAUUGAAUGGAAUUGUGGUCUUGGAAGGUCUGGUCUCUAAUGGUCUUGGUUUUGGAGGUCUGAUCUUCACCUCUGAAAUUAACACAAAGAUGUGUCAAUGUGUAAUAUUAACACAUUACAGGUGUUUUUGGCUGCACAGAUUGUGUUGAUGCUGUGAACAAAUACACAGGUUGUGUUAAUUUUAAAACUACACAUAAUAUGUGUAAAACAAUUGAAUUCUUCCAAAACAUUUUUAUGUAAUAUUGACACAAAAUGUGUAAACUAGAGUGUUACACAUAAUAUGUGUCAUUUUUCUACACAUUUCUUCUAAGAGUGUAAAGUUUAGAUGAGAUCUCAACAACUUUACAAAUUGUGCACCAAUAAAGUAAAAAAAAAAAAAAAAAAAAAAAAACAAUUUAAAAAGUCCGUAAUUUCAGCGUUUAAGCCUAUAUUAAGAGUGAAAUUAUGCAGAAAUAAGGUUAAUGUUACUCUUAAUUGAAGAUGCAAUAAGAAAGUAGUACAGUUCAUAGGGCAUAUAAUUUGUUGUUGGAAAUAGUAAUGUACCAGAAAUUGCUACAGGAAAGCACUUUCUUUGCUGAAAGGCACAUUAAAUGGCUUAUGACCCAAUCCUUGACUAAUUUGAUUAUUAAUACAUAGUAUAUGAUAGAAAUGUUUGAGUUCACAUUGAGACAUUUGAUUUGAUAUACAUAUUGCAAAGUUAUUGACUUUUAAAAUUUAGAGGAGACAAAUGUGAGAAUGUCAAAGUCUUUAGCUAAUAAGAAAAAUCUGAGCACAAUGUGUGAUGUUAUUAUCUCUUCUAAACUUUUAAGGGGACAAAUGUUAGAGAUCCGGAGUCUUUAGUUUAGGAGAAAAAUCUGAGCACAGUGUGUGAUGUUUUUGAGAUCUUGUCUGAAUCUUUAAAGGAGACAAAUAUGAGUGAUCCAAAGUCUCUAGCUAAGGAGAAAAAUAUUAGCAUAGUGUGUGAUGUUGUUGAGAUCUCUCCUGAAUCUUUAGAGGAGACAAAUGUGAGUGAUUCAAAGUCUCUACCCUGCCUGCACUGGCCCUUUACGGACCCACUUAGGGUUGCCACUGCAGGGCCCCUGAGAAUUUGCUCAUUGGCAAAACGUGGCCCCUUAGCACUGGCCCUGCAUGGGCAGCCCUCACUUAGCCUCCAGGAAGCCUUAGCGUUGUUUUAUUGAAAAUAAUAAAGUUUGAAGCUCUUGACCCUUGACUGCCUAACUUUAAUGUUUCUCUGGCUGCUAUAACUGUGUGUUUCUGAAACACAUUUGUUAUAGAAGAAGUUGUGAUUCGGGUCGCGUGUCAAACCGCCAAACUGCUGAAAUCACGUGACUUUGGCGCUCAGAACUGCGGAUUCGACACGCUGAUUCAUUACGCUCCGAAUCUUCUUGAAGCAGUGUUUUGAAAUCGGCCAUCACUAAAUAAGUCGUUAUUUUGUUUUUUUUGGCACACCAAAAAUAUUCUCGUCACUUUAUAAUAUUAAUAUUGAACCACUGUACUCACAUGAACUGAUUUAAAUAUGUUUUUAGUACAUUAAUGGAUCUUGAGAGAGGAAACGUCAUUGCUCCAUAUGUAGGCCUCACGGAGCCAUCGGAUUUCAACAAAAAUAUCUUAAUUUGUGUUCCGAAGAUUAACGAAGGUCUUACGGGUGUAAAACAGCACGAGGGUGAGUAAUUAAUGACAGAAUUUUCAUUUUUGGGUGAACUAACCCUUUAAAGUAACCUCAUUUAUGUCUAGGAGAAACAUUUGAGAUGUUAAAGAGAUCUCACUUUUGAUUUUUCUUUCCUAUGGGCAAGGCUAUUUAUGCAUUCACAUAUAAGUCUAAUAUAUUCCACAUAUAUUAUGUAAGUGAAUGUAGCUUAUUUUAUGAUAUUAAAGUUUGUUUAUGCUGCAACUCAGUCAGAGAGGCAGAUCAUGUUGAAUUUAUGACACAUAAGUGCAUCUACUUCUCCAGAAAGACAUGAAAGUGAGAUGGACACAGAGAAGACUAGUGUAAACUUUUUAAUUAACUACAUGAAGUGUGAUUGACGUGUGAAAGUAUGAAAUCACAUUGUCAAAUUGUUUUCAAGGUAAUUUUCCUGAUUGUUAUUGGCGCUUUCAUAGACAUGAGUGUAUUUUUACAAACUUUAAAAGUUUUGGUUUGUAUGUCUGUACAUGUAUAUAUUUGAAACAUAAAAUAAACUUUAUUUGGUUGAAAACA